CACAUCCUUUCCGUGGACUCAAAUCACAGGUUUUUUCAAAAACAGAACCCGAAAAGCUUUCCAUUUUCCGUUUUCAAAAAACCGAAUCCAAAAACAGUAACGGCCAUUAUUGCGGUACCCACUUCGGCGAAACUUCCAUGUGCCCAGCCCCCGAUUUUCCUCUGGUUCCGAUUUCUCGAAUAUUCAAAUAUUCAAAAGAGAACCCAGAAAAGUAGAGAUAAAGCUUCCCACUUUUCUAAUCAUAUUUUAUAAUCCAAUAAUUAGAUCCACCAACACCCCAUUAAUCUACUAAUUAAACCAACUCAGUCUCUCUCUCUCUCUCUCUCACCACUGCAAGUCUUCCAUUGGCGACUGCUCGCCAUGUUUCAGAGCCCUCCAUCUUCUUCAGGUACGUACGAUCGAGAUCUCUAAGUGUGUUCGACAAUGUCGCUCUGAUUCUCCUGAGGACGGUUCGGUAUUUCCCUCUUGUUCUUGUAUUUUAGAUUUAAAUUUUGAGAAUUUAUGAAUUUCUGUUUUUGGAUUGUGAUAAGUGAUUGAAGUCGAUACGUUUUGAUUUGGGGAGUUUUUGGGUUGGUGGGUGAGAAAUUAAAAAUGUUUCCUUUUUGACAUUAUUGUGGCUUGCGGUGGAAGGCGACACUUGGCGCCUAAUUUCGGCAAACGUAGAAAACUUAGCAGAGUAGGGCUCUUUCGUUUGAGUCGGUUGUGAAUUCGAUUUUGCACGACCGAGUCGUGUCCAACUUCGUUUCCUGGAGCCUUCCAGAACCCCUUCAGAUUUGCAAAACUGGAUACGAACUUUCUUAGAGACUUCCCAAUCCUUACCUAUUCCGCAUUCUGUUUCUUGGUGCUGAUUGGAGUUCCAAGUUUUUGUUUUCUGGGUUUUGUUGUGGCUGCUUUGUAGGUGUGGAUUUCGAGUCGUUUGGUUGAUUGCAUUGUGAAGGAAGGGAAAGAGGAUUCCUUUUAGAUUUUGGGGUUUUCUUCCGACUUGAGUUAAUGGGUGGGAGAAGUUCAAAAGAGGGGAGCUAUAGGCAGAAUUCAUCUUCUCGUUCGAGCUCCUCAUGGGGCGGGUAUCCUGGAGGUCAAUCAACGUCAUAUGCUCAACCGCCAUAUGGUCAAGGAAGUCAGAGUUAUCCACCACCACCCCAGGAAUCCUAUCAAUCAGCACAGCCUUACUAUGCUCCCGUGUAUAGUGCUCCUGCGGCCCCUCGGGCUCAGGAGAAGACGUUUGAUAGGAGAUAUUCCAGAAUUGCUGAUAAUUACCAUUCCCUGGAGGAAGUGACAGAGGCUCUUGCGCGUGCUGGUCUCGAGUCUUCCAAUCUUAUCGUUGGUAUUGAUUUCACAAAGAGCAAUGAAUGGACAGGUGCGAGGUCAUUUAACCGAAAAAGCUUGCAUCACAUUGGGAAUGGGCCAAAUCCCUACGAACAUGCGAUAUCCAUUAUUGGAAAAACCUUGGCUGCUUUUGAUGAGGAUAAUCUCAUUCCCUGUUUCGGCUUUGGGGAUGCGACAACUCAUGAUCAAGAUGUGUUUAGUUUCUAUGAUGAUAGAUAUUGCAAUGGAUUUGAGGAAGUAUUGACUCGCUACAAGGAAAUUGUUCCCAAGCUACGGCUUGCAGGACCGACUUCAUUUGCACCUGUAAUUGAACAGGCCAUGACCAUCGUUGAGGAGAGUGCUGGCCAAUACCAUGUCCUGUUGAUAAUUGCAGAUGGCCAGGUCACUAGAAGCGUUGAUACUGAGAAUGGCAGGCUGAGCCCUCAGGAACAGAACACGGUUAAUGCCAUUGUUGCUGCAAGUAAGCUCCCUCUAUCAAUUAUUCUAGUUGGUGUUGGAGAUGGGCCCUGGGACAUGAUGAAGGAAUUUGAUGACAAUAUUCCUGCUCGGGCAUUUGAUAAUUUCCAAUUUGUGAAUUUUACGCAAAUUAUGUCAAAGAAUGUGCCACCGUCAAGAAAGGAGACGGAAUUUGCUCUAGCAGCCUUGAUGGAAAUUCCUGCUCAGUAUAAAGCAACAAUAGAGCUCAAUAUAUUGGGUGGUCGGAAGGGCGAUAUUCCCCAGAGGGUUCCUCUCCCCCCUCCUGUGUAUGGAGCGUCAUCGUUCAGCAGCUCAAAAACUUCCCGUGCUACCAGUUUCAGUUCGCCAUCUUUCACGAAACCUUCCCAUACCAGUUACGAGCCAAGUGUUCCUCCUUAUUAUGGAGACAGCAGUUCCGUUGGUACAGCUCCACCUGCUCCCAGUUCUUCCUAUGAUAACCAGGUUUGCCCCAUUUGCCUUACGAAUCCGAAAGACAUGGCCUUUGGUUGCGGGCAUCAGACAUGUUGCGAAUGCGGACAAGAUCUUCAGUCGUGCCCAAUAUGCCGAAGCGCAAUCCAAACCCGGAUAAAACUGUAUUAACGACGACGUGCUUUCAUGCCGGAGUUGGCCGACAUUGUGUGUAUUUGUUUAUUUUUUCAAUCACAUUCUUUGUAAUCCAUUGCUUUAGGUGGUCAGGAAGUUACUAGGUUUGGUAAUUGGUUGAAUCCGGCAUAUGAUGAUGAUGAUCCAGAUGUGAGUGAAUAUUCUGGUGAUGUUUUUUUGGUUGUUUGAAAAAGAAGUGAAGUGCUGCCGUCUCUACAGUUUUGUAAUUUGACUGCUGCUCUGUAGAUGCCGGUCUUGUUUUUUUUUCACGUAGGUGGACUUUCUUGUGGAUGGAUAGAGAUUUUCUAUGUGUUGGGAACACGGUUUGAUACAUUAAGUGUGGUAAAACAAUUGAUUGGAAACUUGAACAAAUGGAUUCAACUAAUUGCAUGUA